AUGGAUACCUUAGUCGCCAAGUACUCCAGCUCUCCGUUUCAAGAUGCAAUGUACUCCGAAGAAGAGCAGCGUGACCUUAGAUGCACACCGUCGUUGUCGCUGAAAUUCGACCUUCCUCCUAUUGCAAAGCCCGCGUCCUUCCUCCGUGCAAUGACAGAUGACCACUCGAACCCAAGCGCACCCAUCAAACUCGCCCACGGAACGACAACCUUAGCUUUCAGAUUUCAGCACGGAAUCAUUGUCGCCACAGAUUCCCGAGCUACGGCCGGUAACUGGAUCGCCAGUCAGACAGUAAAGAAGGUCAUUCCCGUGUCAAGGUUGAAUAUGGCUUUAAAGAAGGAUCAGGAUGCUCCUGUUCCCGGAUUGUUGGGAACUAUGGCUGGUACUGCAGCUGAUUGUCAAUACUGGUUGAGAUAUUUGGCUGAGCAAUGUACUCUUCAUGAACUCCGACAUAAGCGAAGAAUCACUGUCGCAGCAGCAUCAAAGAUUUUGGCGAAUUUGACAUACUCUUACAAGUCCAUGGGAUUGGGCAUGGGUACUAUGCUUGCAGGAAUGACCCCCCAAGAAGGCCCAGCUCUCUACUAUAUUGAUUCCGACGGCACCCGUCUCCCCGGAAACCUAUUCUGUGUUGGCUCCGGUCAAACCUUCGCCUACGGUGUGCUAGACGCUGAAUACAGAUACGACCUCUCCACCGACGAAGCCCUCGAACUCGGCCGACGAAGUAUCCUUGCUGCUACUCACCGUGACGCAUACUCUGGUGGUUACAUCAACUUGUACCAUGUCAAGGAAGAAGGAUGGGUUCACCAUGGAUUCAACGAUACCGACCCCCUUUUCUGGAAGACCAAGUUGGAAAAGGGAGAAUUCACGAACGUUACUGCCGAGGUGUAA